AUGCCCUGUAAUGGUUCCCCGCCGCUGUUGCUCCUUCUGCUGUUCCUAUCUGUGUUUGGGGCGUCCCAAGCCUGCCUGAAGGACCCGGCUUCAGCCUACAGAUUCACUGGAGCUGUAUGUCGCCUCACCUACCCUGCAGCAGUUGUGUUGAAUGAGAAAACCACUAAAGUGAUUGAGGCAGCGUUCCAGCAUGCCAGAUACCCAGAUGUAAGGGGAGAGAAAUCCCUGCUCUUUAUAGGCAAAGUCAUAUAUGGUCUGGAAAAUUUGGAGAUCCACAACUUGUCGAUUGGCCGGAGUGAAUUUGAACUGCGUCCAGGUGAAGGCAUCGGCAUGAAAAUAAGCAACGUGUCAGCAGUGUUCAGAGGGACCAUCCAGUAUGGAUACGGUGGCUGGCUUGUCAACGUAACACAUUCAAUUGACUUUGAAAUUGAGUCUCAGAUUGAUCUUGGAAUCAACCCCAAACUUUACUGUGGAGAAGGGCAGGUGGCAGCGGACACAUCAGACUGUUAUCUGAAUUUUCACAAGCUCCAUCUGCAACUGCAGGGAGACAAAGAACCGAACUGGCUUAAAAAGCUUGUCACCAACUUCAUCACCUUCACCGUCAAAGUAGCCAUAAAGGGACAGAUUUGUAAGGAGAUCAACAAAGUGGCAAAUAUACUGGCUGACUUCAUACAAGACACAGCAGAGCAUUUCCUCACUGAUGGAAACAUCAGUGUGGAUAUCAGUGUUACUGCUUCUCCUGCCAUCACUGCUAACUACAUAGAAUCAUAUCACAAGGGGCUGACCAAGUACAACAACACUUCCGCUGUCAUCAGUGACUCUGUUUUCCACCCCAGUCAGCUGACUGAACAAAGGAUGCUCUACUUUUGGUUGUCAGACCAGGUCUUUAACCCCAUGCUUGCUGCUGCCCACCAAGAUGGCCGUUUCCAACUCAACAUCUCUGGAGCAGAGCUCACUGAACUUUUCAAGACAAGUCUCUCCACUGCCAUGCCGGAAUUUAUUAGAAAGUGUCUGCUGGAAUCAGGUUCUCCUGAACUAAGAGUGUGGAGUUCAUCAGUUCCCCACCUGAACACCUCCACCAUUGGUACGACCGUCUGGGUCAUGGCUUCUGGGCAGCUCCACUGUGGGAGUCCAGACACACCGACACUCUUCUUUGAAACGGAUGUAGCCAUGGAGGUCACAGCUUCCUAUGCUGACAAGAAACUCAUCCUGCACGGUAACCCGACAGAGACCAUUGUAGUCCAAGCUGAGCUGCCUUUACAAAAUCAACCGCUGCUGGAUCAGACACAGGUGGAGUUCAUAAAAGAAGCUGUGGAGAAGAUUGGCAUUCCCAAGGUUCUGUCUGCUCUUGAGAUUGAGCUCACCAGGCUGUUGGACAAACAGGGAGUUAACCUAUUCGACAUCUCUAACCCAGUGGUGCUUCCUCGAGAUGGCUUUGUGGUGAUUGAGAUGGAUUUUGGUUUCCCCCAUCACCUCCUGGUUGAGUUCCUCAGGAAGACACUGCAGUAACUGGCCAACCCUGACACAUUUUGGCCCAGAUUUGCUCGUGACUUGCCUAAAAGUGUUGCUCAAAUAGGAAAUGUACCUUUAUAGUGAUUAUCAACAUGAGUAAAGCGUACAAAACAUGCCUCUGUUGCAUUGUUGUAGCACAUUUUCAUGUAUUUUGAUUUGUUGUCCACUAGCUCAACUCUUUCCUUAAAAUCUAGAUAAAGCUGUGGACAA